AUGGCCCGACUCAUCGAACGAGCAUCCAGUCCGGGCCCAUAUACGGACUCCACUGGUGCCAGCGGGGACGUUGAUGGUCCACGUCUGUCGACAGGGACGGAGGCUGCCCAAACCAUGAAGGGGCAGUUGUUGCGGACGGUGAAAGUGGUUGCGUGCGCACGUGCCAAGAGGAGGGAGAUUAGGAGGAAGAUGGGAAGUGAGGAGAUUGGUUUGGGCAAAGAGAGCAUUGUUAGGGUUUUGUGGCUGGGCCAGGCAGUCCCGGGUCAGGUCCACCGGGCACCUAACGGGCCGGGUGCACCCGUUUGUUGUCGGGCUGAACUCCACGGGCACGUUGAACCCGUUCAUGACCGAGAUGUCGUAGUAGUCUAUGUGGCCGAACGAGUUGAGGCCGUACUCGGCCGUGGUUCGCGGGGCGGCACCGUACGACCCGCAAGCGAGCUGCCCGUCGCAGUCCCCGGUCAGGCAGCGGCCCCUGCCCGAGGAGUCGAAGGUGCAGUUGGUGCGGGCCCAGAUCUUGGCGGCCCGCGGGCCGUCCAGGAAGGAGAUGGUCCAGUUGUGGCCGGGGUCAAGGCGGCGGCCGCCGCCGGGGACGGCGGCCGGCCAGAUGGUGUAGGGACAGUUGUUGGUGAUGUUGAAGAUGAUUGA